CACAACAACCCACUGAAACCAAAAGGAAAAGUCGUAGCGGCAUAAACAGGCAAAAACUGAGUUUGGUCCUUGUACCAUGUCAUCCUCUGCAAGAACUGCUGUUUCAAAAUGCAAGUUACCACCUUUAUCCACAAACCCAGAAAGACCCACAUCUUCAAAUUCCCACAGCUCAACCAAGCUUUCAUCUUUCUUCACAAACCAAGCUAGUAGUAAUACCGCUAUACCCACUUCUUCAAAUCCCAAAACUUCACCAAAAAACCCAAUUCCUAGAGUUCUAAUCCAAACCCCACUUGACAAGUUCCUCCAAGCAAACUGUAAGUCAGGUGACAUCACUCUCAAUGAAGCACUUCACUAUUUUGACCACAUGAUUUAUAUGCAACCUCCUCCUCCAAUGUCAUCAUUCAAUCGUUUAUUAGGUGGACUUGUCAAGAGUAAGCAUUACUCUCAUGUUUUCUCAUUUUGUAAUAAGUUGACAUCUUCUGGUUUAUUGCCCAAUUUGAUUACACUUAAUAUUUUGGUUAACUGCCUUUGUAAUAUGAACCGGGUUUGUGAUGGUUUUGUGGUCAUGGGAAGUAUGAUUAGGAAGGGUUAUAGACCAACUACUGUGACUUUUACUUCUUUGGUUAAAGGGCUGUGUAUGGAGAAUAGGAUUGAUGAGGCAAACAGGUUGUUUGAGAAAAUGAUCAAGUUCAGGUGUCAGCCUAGUGUGAUUUGUUAUGGUACUUUGAUUAAUGGGUUGUGCCGAAUGGGCAAGACAGAUGUUGCACUUAAGUUACAUGAAGAAAUGAAUAGUGGGAAUGGUGUUAGGUUUAGGCCGAAUACUGUGACUUUUACAUCUUUGAUCCAGGGUUUGUGUGUGGAGGAUAGGAUAGAUGAGGCAACCAGUUUGUUUGAGAAAAUGAAGAAGUUGCGGUGUCAUCCUAGCGUGAUUACGUAUGGUACUUUGAUUAAUGGGUUCUGCAGAACAGGCAAGACAGAUGUUGCACUUAGUUUACAUGAAGAAAUGGCUAAUGAGAAUGGUGGAUAUGGUGUUGAUUGUAAGCCGAAUUCAGUUACUUACGGGAUUAUUAUUGAUCGGCUUUGUAAAGAUGGGAUGAUAGAUAAGGCAACAGAGCUUUUCCUAGAAAUGAAAAAUAGAGGGAUUUUUCCAGAUGUGGUUGUAUAUAGUAUUCUAAUACAUGGUUUGUUCUAUAAUGAAAAAUGGGAAGCCGGUAAAGCUUUGUUACAUGAGAUGAUAGAUAGCGGUAUCCAGCCUGAUUUGGUAACAUUCAAUGUGUUAAUAGGGGCACUUUGCAGAAGGGGAAAUGUGAAAGAUAGCCGUGACUUGCUAAAGUUGAUGAUUCGAAGAGGCAUGAAUCCCAAUAUUUUUACUUACAAUACUUUGAUGGAUGGCUUAUGUUUGGUGGGUAAUCUUGAUGAAGCAAGAGAGCUAUUUCAUUCUAUCUCAACUAGGGGGUGUGAACCUGGUGCAAUCAGCUACUCUGUGUUAAUCAACGGUUACUGCAAGUAUAGGAAGAUACAGGAAGCCAUCAAUCUUUAUGAGGAAAUGAUUUUCAAAGGAGUUAAGCCAACUGUAAUAACAUAUAAUGCCUUAUUAACUGGUAUUUUUCAGAUGGGCAAAGUUCAGGAUGCACAGAAACUGUUUCAUGAGAUGCACACUCAGAAUGUGCUACCGGAUUCAGCUACAUAUUUAAUAUUAUUGGAUGGCCUUUGCAAACAUGAUUGCAAACCAGAAGCAAUGGAUAUUUUUCAUUCUUUAGAAAAUUCCAAUUUUAGAUUUAGUGUUGAAAUUUUUAAUUGUCUUAUGGAUGGGUUCUGUAAAUCAGGGAAGCUUGAAAUUGCUUGGGACCUAUUUCACAAAAUGUCAAGUAAAGGCUUGCUACCAAAUGUUAUAACAUACUCCAUAAUGAUUCAUGGCCUCUGUAUGGAAGGCCAACUGGAAAAGGCAAAUGGUUUGCUUUUAGAAAUGGAAGGAAAAGGUUGUCUUCCAAAUGUCAUCACUUACAAUACCCUUAUGCGGGGUUUCUGCCUAAAUGAUGACUCGACAAAGGUUGUUGAACUGCUGCAUAAGAUGUCAGAAAGAAAUCUGUCACCAGAUGACUCUACAAUCUCCAUUGUCGUAGACUUGCUGUCAAAGGAUGAAAGGUUACGUAAAUGUCUGGACUUGCUACCCACAUUUCCUGCUACCAGCCAAUUGAGGAUGCCAUGAUAAGUUUCAAGUCACUAGCAUGAUGUUCGGUCAUUCCUCCUAACCCGAAAUACUUCUGAUUCUGUUUGCUCACACAUUUUAACAGAAGUUACAAAAUGUGAAGGUGCAUUGCCAUGGUCUUAAGGGCCAAUAUAUUGUAUUCAAAGUAAAAACUUGAAUAGUGGGGAUUUGUCAGAGCAGAGGAGAUCAUGGAUAGUACUUGCAUUCACUAGCGGCUGCAGUCCGUGUUUGACCCCCCUGAAUCAACGUUGCAAAGAAACAAGAUCUGGUGCAAUGUACUACUGAUGUGUCUGGCUCUCAUCACAUGGUGCUUCAUGGAAGAGAGGCUCACCUGAAAAGGUUAAUGUUCUGUGGAAUUUCUCCUCAAUAUUACUCUUUUGUUGAUUCCUCAUGAAGCAUUGUAACCAUUCAAUGUCCUGUUUCACUUCCUGUUGUAAAACAGGUAUUAAGCUUCUUUCUAUUGAACUAGACUGAAUUUUUUUUUUCCGUGAAAGAUAUUUAGCAGUUAAUCAUUAUUUAAUGUUGUCAAAUUCUCCGCUGCAAGGCCCUCUUCAGCCUUUGUUUAAUUUAUUUACUUGACAAGCAUAAAUUAUUUCCCAGCUGAUGUGCAGGUUAGUGAAUUUGAGAGUCUGGCCAGCAUGGGUAAAAUCUGGAGUAUAUGAAUGUGGGUACAUACAGCUGGGUGCUUAUGCACUUAUAGAAUACUUAGUAUUUACAGUUGCCACAUUUAAUAUACCUAGGUGCUUUACUAAGCAUAAACAUAUUAGCUACUUACUCUUCAGUAUAAUAAGUCCUUGAUGUCUUUCGCUAAAUGGUCCUGUUUGAUGGUAAUAAGAGAGUAAAGUUGUAUACCUAUGAAACUGAAGGUUCUGCUUGUACUGAAGGCCUACUUAGGCUGAUUUUUUUGACAGUCCACUAAACCAACGUUGUAUAAGGUUUCCAGAUCAUUGGUUUUCCUUCAUUUCGGUUGGACUAAUGGAUAAUGGGGUUUUAAUUUUCUUUGAUUCUUUUCCUUUCUAGACGAUCGUGCACUGUGGCAGUGACUAUUGUGCAUCUCUUUCCCACCAGAGGACUCUACAGUCUCCCUUGUCAUUGAGUAGGUCUUAAAGGAUGAUAAAUCUUGUACAUGUUUGGACUUGCCUCCAACAGUUCCUGCCACUAGCCAAUUGAAGGAUGCCAUGACAAGUUUCAAGUCGCUAGCAUAAUAUUCAGUCAUUCGAACUGCAGAUACAAAAUGUGAAGGCGCAUUGCCAUGGUUUCAAUGGCUAAUAGUUAUUGUAUUCAAAGCAAGAAACUAUUGUGGUGGAGUGACUGGGCUCUGUGUGAAGAUGAGAUCACUGUAUGCUCAUGGAUUGAACUUGCAUUCAAGUAGCAGCUGCCAGCUACAGUCCGUGUGACUCCUCUGAAUCAAGGUUGCAAAGAAACAAGAUCUAGUGCAGCGUAUUUUGCAGAUAUCUUGUUUUCUCAUAGCCAUGGUGUUGCAUAGAAGAGAGGCUCACCUCAAAAAGUUGAUGAGUGAACAUGAGCUGUGGGUCUUCUCAAGCCUUUUGUUGGAUUCCUUUUUCAUGAUGGGCACAAAUAUUUCUCAACUGAUGUGCAGGCUGGCAAAUUUGAGUCUGGGCAGCUUGGGAAAACUGUAUAGUGUAUACCUAUGAGGCUAUGAAUACGUGUGAAUGUUAUCAUGUCCAUAUGUACUGACAGAAUAAUACUAGUAUUUGCUGUUAUCA